AUGAUGACCAGUGCGAAGAAUGUCGACGAAAAAGGAUCCGCUGCGAUAGAGGGACACCGCAAUGCACGGCUUGUGCCACUUCCGGGUUGUGUUGCGCCAGAGGACCUCCAGACUCAACUAGAAAAACAACAAGGGACAUCUACCGCUACUUCUGAGACACGAGCCUUCUCACCCUUCCAAGAAGGGGGCAAUACGGACAACGAAGGUGGUAGCGGUGGUAGCAGUACAGACAAUAAUGAAAUUCAAAAUACCACCAGCACAACUCCCGACACGAUUGGAAUCCCACAAUGGCCGGCACCGGUGGAAUUCCAAUUUCCCAUCAUGCCCAUGGAGCCCUGGGGAUGUUUUGACCCUUCGUAUACAAGCUCUCCCUUUCCCUCAUUUCCCUCACUGGACAAUCUUCAGGACCUGGUUCAUAUUCCAAUGGAACCCGAUCUUCUGAUCACUCCCAUGAUGCACAACGACCUAGACCAGCUUUAUUUCGAUCGGGCUUAUGCAUUUGCGCCAAUAUUGCAAACACACCGCUACCGUUCUUGGUCUAAACAGCCAAAUAAGAGCAAGCAGAAAACUUGCCUACAAUAUGCUAUGUGGACGUUGGCCUCAUCGCUCUCCAGUCAGUUCCAAGUCGAUGGGCGCAAAUUAUACGCAAAGACAAGACAACUUCUGCAUGCACUCGAGUCAGAGGAACCCUGUCAUCAAAUAUCCCUCGAGCAGGCCCAGGCGUGGACCUUGCUUGCGAUCUAUGAAUUAACGUGCCAGGAUUUCCACCGAGGCAUGAUGUCCGCCGGGAGGGCCUUUCGCUUGAUCCAGAUGAUGAGGUUAUACGAACUUGAUGUACCCCAAACACCUCCUACCAUGCAACUGAAACAGUAUCAAGGGCAGCUCACUCUUCAGGGGCUAGUUCAAGAUAACUGGAUCGAUAUUGAAACGAAAAGGCGGACCUUCUGGCUUGCAUAUACAAUUGAUCGAUUCACGAGUAUGGUUGAGGGGCUGCACAUGUUCUUCGAUGAACGGCUGAUCCGUACCCGCUUGCCAGCCCCCGAGGCGAACUUCGCAAGUGGUCGUCCCGCGGAUAUGGAUUUUCUCGCAGAUAUGAUUCCGGCGGACGACCAAGAGUGGCCACACAAAAACCUGUCAUCUUUUACAGAAAGCGUCAUCGGAGCUACCAUCUGUGGACGGGUCCUAGAACACAAACAGAAACCUCCGACCAGACCCUGUCAAGAGUUCUGCCAUCGACACCGUUCCCUUAAUGCACUGUUGGCGAAACGCAUCAGGAUGCUGCGAAUAUACGCAUCAUUGGAGUACCCAGAUCCUAUCAUCACCUUUGUUACUCUGGCGGCACAUGUAGCCGUGUUUAUGCUGUACGACCUUGUCGAAUCUAGGCCCCUAGGUAUCGACGCACAAGGAACGCAGCUCACCCAAGCUCUCUACACGGAACACAAGCAGCAGUCACUGGAUGCCGUGGCCGACAUAGCUCUUCUAAUCGCAGUGCUUGGUCAGCACUUUCAGAUGCACCCCUUAACGCCCAUCCUGCUCCUCCUAGGCGCCCGAUUCUCCCAAUCCCACCCCGGGCUAAAUGACGCUUAUAUCAAGCUCAUGCCUAGUAUCGUAACGACGUUGCAAGCCUCGACUGGCCUCAACAAGCUUGCACAAAACUUCCUCCAAUUAUUAGAACCCCAGAACGACAACUGGUCUGCUCUCGCCUAG